AUGUCUCAUAUGCAUUCGUCCUCAAGCGCGACGACCACCACCUACGUGCAAGAAGCGAACACGAGGAACGAACAAAAUGGAAACCAAAACACCAUUGUGCGGAUUUUAAAGCUGACUCCACACAAAAUGGUCAGGUGGGACGAAAACACUGUUGACAACGAGAACGCGCAGAAGAAGUCGUCCAAGGUCUGCUGCAUAUAUCACAAGCCCAAAGACUUUGGGGAGAGCUCCGACUCGGACUCAGAUUCGUCGGAAGGAGGAGGUAAGCAGCGGGAUGCUGGAGGAAUGACAAAGGGAAUGGUGUCAAAGUACACGAUGCUGGGGAGAAAAAGAUACGAGCAACCUCACUGUCAAACCCAAUGGGAAUGCCAAUGCCGAACUCUAAAUUACAUCCCGCUAACCGGUUCACCCUUCCUACAGAUGACUGCAAGAGCUGUUCCAAAAAAGAUGAGCCCAAAGAACAAAAGUAAGGGCUCCUUUGCACGAUGA